AUUUAUCUAUUUACAAAUUCACAUUGGAAACCAUUAAACAGACCUUCUGAAUCAGCAAUCAUUGAUAUUGGACCACAUGAAGAAUGCUCGCACAUUGAAACACCAAUCUUACCUUCGAACUGGCACUUCUCGCCAUUUACUUUGGCGGAAACUGACAGUUCAAAG